AUGAUCUGUCCAUCUGUUGGCACCCUGUAUCGCCUUUAUUACCAGCACGUCCUGCUGUUUGCACCGCCGAAUGAAGGUACAAUCCAGGAGAUACCACUGCCGGGACCGGAGAUGCAUUUAAAUAGCAUUGUGCUGCUGUGGAAGGCAAAAGUAGGUAUUGAUCAGGAUGAGACGGCGCCCUGCGCUGGUUCGCAGGAGGAACAGGCCAUUGUUAUUGAGUCCAUGGAGACCGUGGGGACCCAGCACUCCUCUCUACACAAUGUGGUCUGUGCCAACGUGAACGUUGAACUCACCGAGAACGAUUAA